AUGAGUAAGGAUGGCUGCCACAUCUGCCACGUUGUGGGCCAAUCUUCUGGCCAUGGCCAAUAUUUCCGAAUGCCAUCUACUAUCACCAUGCGCACACCGGAAAGCUUCAAGUACUUUGACGAGGUGGCAUUAUCAAGCAAAAAAGGGUUAACUGGCCAAUCUCCCUUCUCAUUACUGAAUUCCUUCUCUGGUCCGUUCUUUUUUGCAUUGGAUGAAAUGCACGGCAUUUGUCACAGCAUUGCCAAACAGGUCUGGGGGCUCGUGUGUGGCAAGUAUGGAAAAGAUCAUCCUCUGUCUCUCUCCCUUGCAGCUCAAAAAGAAAUUGGCACUGCCAUGGUGUCCACUAGAAGAAGUAUUCCGACGUCUUUCCACGGUGCUUGGAUAAAUGUCGCGACAAGAUCAGGAUACUUCCGGGCUGUGGACUGGGCUGACUUCAUCUUGUUUGUUAUUCCCACGCUUGUGGCAGAGCGUGUCUGUGACCAAGCUGCCCGCAAGGCAUUGCUUGACCUGGCAUACUAUUGUGAAUAUUCCGCAUUUUACAGUGGGGUUUUGCCUAUUUCCACUGGUACCAAAGCUGAUCUGGUUACAUGUGCACAGACCUGCUAUCUACAAGUAGUACCAAGAAAACUUUAUUUCAAACUUUGUUUUUUUGCUGUAAUACAAUCUGUUUCCAUGUUAAAGGUUAAUAAUCAGGGACUACGUCGCAUGUGUAUUGUUGAACUAUCCCUGGGUGAAUAG